AGCGUCGCCGGUUCGAUCCUGGCCGCCCCCGUUGCCGCCCAUCUUGCCGCGGACGUUGCAGAGAAAAGACGGGGACCCCGCUGCCGCCAUCGCCAUUCAGGGGGCAGCAACAGCAGCAGGAGAUGCUCCCGCCGCUCACCCUGUGGACAUGGCAUGGGAGCCUCCAAGUCCAGGGGCAGUCUACCUCUAGCGGCCCGGACCCUGGCGCUUCAGCUGGGCUGAGAGGGGCCACCUUGGGAGGGCUUUCAGCCUACGCCUCUGGACCCCACCCCACGGAGGAAGGCCCUCCGCGCCCGGGGCUCCCUGCAGGGGCGCGGCUCCUCCUGGGAAACUGACCCAAAGGAAGGUGGCUCCAGGAAGGGGGCCCUGAAGCGCGAGGCAAUUCCCCCUGCGCGGGGCCACUACCCUCGGGAGCAGACGACGACGACGACGCCAUGGCUGCAGAGCCCGCUCCCGGCGGGUCUACCCUCUGGGCGUCCCUCUGGGCUCUGCUGCCCAGCGGCAAGGCAAGCAUCGAGGCGGCGGCGGCGGGCCUUGCGGACCAGGUGGAGGGGAGCGUCGCCUCGUUGCUCCGGCAGGCGGCCGCCUUGGUGUGCGGCGGCGAGGCCGAGAGGGCCGCCCGGGGGGCUGGCCGAGAGGCCUGCCUGCAGCUCAGCGAGCGGCUCUGCGACUACGCCUGGGAGAGGCUGCACGUCGGGCCGUGGCGAGAGGUGGGCGCGGAGUGGCGCCGGGUCUACGCCUACGGCUGCCUCUUCAAAGCGCUCUGCCUGUGCCGGGAGCCAGGGGCGGCCCUGGAGGAGGCCCUGCGCGCCUGCGACCUGGGGCUGCUGCUGGGAGCGCCCGUCGAGGACAACAUCUUGGCCAGCAUGGCGGAAGUCCUUCAGCGGCAUCUGUCCUGUUCUGGAGAGCCUGCGGCCGCAGGAGAACAAGAAGGCCAGCCCCUUAAAAAGAAAAUCCGGAAGGACUUCCCGCCAUCCCCUGCCAUAACAACAGAAGCUGCAGUGUCGCGGCUUCGCUGCCCAUCGCUGGAACAUUUCCAAGCCCAUUAUCUGAUCCCUCAAAAGCCGGUGAUUUUGGAGCAGAUUGUUGACCACUGGCCCUGCCUGAGGAAGUGGAGUGUUGGCUAUGUCCGCCAAGUGGCCGGUAGCCGCACAGUCCCCGUGGAGGUUGGGUCACGCUACACUGAUGAGGAAUGGUCCCAAUCUCUCAUGACUGUUGAGGAUUUCAUCAGCCGGUACAUUGAGAACAAGUUGCAGAACCAGACUGGAUACCUUGCUCAGCACCAGCUUUUUGACCAGAUCCCAGAACUGAAGGCAGAUAUUGGCAUCCCUGACUACUGUUGUCUGGGCGAAGGAGCGGAAGAGGACAUUGCGAUCAACGCCUGGUUUGGUCCAGCAGGGACUGUCUCACCACUCCAUCAGGACCCGCAGCAGAAUCUCUUGGUCCAGGUAAUGGGACAGAAAUACAUCCGCCUGUAUUCUCCUAAGGAAUCUGAAAACUUGUAUCCGCAUGAAAGCCACAUCCUUCACAACACCAGCCAGGUGGAUGUGGAAGCCCCUGACUUAGUGAAAUUCCCAAAGUUUAAAGCGGCUUCAUUUCAAGAUUGUGUCUUGAGCCCUGGCCAAGUUCUGUUUAUACCAGUUGGCUAUUGGCACUACGUGCGGUCCCUGGACACUAGCUUCUCAGUGAGCUUCUGGUGGUCCUAGCGCUUGUUCACUGGGAACAGAUGCGGGUUCUCCUGAUCAGCCAUGUCAAGCAAGCCUGCCCCUCUGUAGGACUCAUCAAGGACUGUAACACGCUUCCAGAUGUGGUGACUAAGGGUCACAUGGAACAAAGGUGCAGCUUUUUUGGGGGGGGGGGGAAUAGUGACCUGUCCCUCUUUGGGUGUCAUUUAAAGGGAGUCUCUUACAACCCAUAUUAGAAGAGGACAAAAUAUAAAUAAAUAUUUAAAUCAUGUGU